GGGGAGAUGAAUGAGGAAUCAAGAAGAGGGGCAGGCUGCCUAGCAAAGCUGUGGAAAGGGUUCUAGGCAGCAGGUCACUGGGGGUUUAUCCCAGCAAUGGAAGCUGUGUCAAGUGGGCUAAAGCAGGGGGUGAAGGCCAAGCACCUGGGCUCUGUCCCAGCUCGCUGAGGGGUGUGGGGUCUGUGGGUGUUUGCCUGCAUGCACACACGUAUGUUUUCCAUGUGCACUGUCGUAUAUCUGGAAGGAGCGAACCUUGGUGCUGGGGCCUGUCACAUGUCCUGACAAGUUGAUGCAUUUUCAGGCUGUGGGAAGACAGCAUGGCCUAGUAGGCAAAGCACUUCUCUGUGGCCCCAGACUCGAUCCCCAGCUCUGCUACCACCCUACUGGGUAACCAUGCUCAUGUCCCUUCCCUUCUCCCAGCAUCAGCUUCCCAUUUGGAAAGUGGCCCCAACCCCUUGGGGACUGUGGGUGGAGAGGCUGGCUGUGCAGGGUAGCUGUGUUCCUGAUGCUCCUUGUGUUGUUCUUUCUAGCAUGUGCAGUUUUGGGGGAAGCUUUCUGGUUUGCUGUGGAGGCUCAGUGUGGAGAGGGGCACAAGAGUGUCCCUGAAUGGGGAGUUGCUUCCAUGGUGUGGCUGUGUGUUGUUUGGGCAGCUGUGCAUGCCUCGCAAAGGUGUUUCAUGUCAGUGUUAUUUGUAGGGUGUCUGUGAAUUCUGAGUGUGUGUGGGGGGGUGCAGGGUGUUGGUGUAUUGUUUUCAGUAGGUGUGGGUAUUCUUUGAGGGUCAUCUUGUGGGGUGGGGUGGGGUGGGGUGUAGCGGUGAGUGGAUGUCUGUGUAUGGUGGGAGUUUUGGUUCUGUGUGUUAUUCCCAUGGGAUGUAUAUUCAUCCUUAAGGUUUUAAUGUGAUCUCUGGGCAUGUGUUUUUAGGGUGUGUGUCCAGAAGAGCAUGUGUGUGUGUUUUUGUAUUGGGGGGAUGGUGUACAUGUGUUUGUGUAGUAUAUUCUGUCUUGUGUCAGGCUGUGUUGUGGAGGGCAUUUGUAGCUUUGAAUGCUAUAUUAAUUGUAUAUAUCUGUCUGUCCAUCUUUAGGGUAGUUUGGUGUGUGGGUGAGGAAGUACAGGGGGUGCAUUUGUGUGUAGCUAUAUUCAUGCAUGUGCAUCAGUUUAACAUUGUGGGGAACUGGUUGUGUGUAGUGAUGGUGUGUCUGGGUGGUUCACUGGUGUUGAAGCAGCUGUAUGUAGAGGAUUUCUGAGGUGAGGAGUGUUUGUAUAUAGUUUUCUGUCUGUUUCAAUUUACAAUUUUCAGGGGUGUUUGUAUGGGGUGAAAAGUAUCUUGUAGAGAAAAUAAAAUAUUUGUGUGUGGGUGGGUGAGUGUGUUGAAACAAACAGUGUGUUUGCUUGGGCAGAAUUUGCGGGACUAGAGGUUGGUCUUUUCAGAAGUUUGGGGGGACCUGAUAAUAUUUAUAGGUGUGUCCACAGUAGGCACAGGGCUAAGUGAGCCUGUGGGGUUGGAUGAGGGCAGGGAGGGACCAGGGUACCAGUCCGUGGUGCUGAUCCAAAGCAGAGACCAGGUGGGAUACUAGGCUGGCUGGGCUCCAUGGGGCUGGUGGCUGUCCAGGAGGGAGGGGACAGUGUAGCAGGCAGUGGCGGUGGAGGGGUUAAGCGAGGGGGAUGGAGCGUGCUGUCUUUCCGAGCAGUAAUUUCCGGAGCUGACAAUCAGCAGAAGUGUUUCUAUUCCCGGGUGUGUAAUCAGGCCCGGCAGUUUACUUUGCUAAUGAGGACCUUGUGUGAGCGAGCCCCCCUCCCCAGCCCAACCAGCUGCAGCGCCCCAGGAACGUGCCAGCAGCCCAGGCGGGACACCGAGCCUGGCCCCUGCCCAGCAGGCACAGUGUGGGCUGGAGCAGGGCUGGCCCCUGCAUAAGCCUCAGCCCUGUGCCACACCCCUGGGAUGUGGCUUGAGGUCUUCUCCCUAUGUAGGGUGCUAGUAGGGCAGGGGGGGGUCUGACUGGGAGGGUGGGGGAGCAGUGGCUUUCCCCUCUAGGAGCAAUGGGGACUGACUGGCUUAUGGGAGUGAGGGAAUAGGGAAGGGGGCUUCCCUGGGUGUGAGGGAUCCCAGACACCUGGGUUCUGCCUCCCUCCCUCAGCCCCAAGCAUAACUUGUGUUAUACCACAUGACUGGCAUGGCCCAACAGGCCCCAUGCCCCUCUCAGAGAAAGGACAGAACCCAGGUGUCCUGGCUGCCAGCACCUGCCCUGCUCUAGUCCACCAGACCCCACCCUCCUCCCAAAUCAAGAAGAGAACCCAGGAGUCCUGACCCACACCCUGGACAGAUGGCAGCUGAAACAAGGCUGCAGGCAAAGAGGAAGGGGCUGGCAGGAUUUGGGUGGCUAGGUCCCCUACCCCAGUACCUCUCCUGGGGGAUGAGGCUGUACCCAGGACCUGGGGGACAUCUCCAGAGGAAAUGGGGUAGAAUUGGCGGGGUUGGGGUCAGGGUUGGGUGGAGGCGAGGGCCUGUGGGGGUUGGGGUGCAGUGGCAGGGCGGGACUGGCCCUCCCUACGCUGGGUCCCUGCCAAGCUGGGACUGCAUCCAUCAGCACUGGCCCCAGCUCAGCUGCCUGCAUCUUCAUCAAGGUCGGACAGCAUUCUCCUCCCGCCCUGUGCCACAGGCUCCUUGCCCAGGGCAGCCACGGGCCUGACCAGACCCCUGGCCAGAGUAGUCCAAUGGGCCCAACUACCUGGACUGCACCUCUUCCCUGCCCUGAACCAGCUCCCAGGCCCACCCGGCCCAGUCUCUUCAUGAUGUUGGGUGGUGCAGGGGAAGGAUCCAAGAGCCUUGUUUCUCAUUUCCUGGGAGCCAGAUGCCUCUUCUGGCCAGGGAGCCAGAGCCACGCUUCUCCUCACAGCCAGGCCUCCUCGCAGGGGGCCGAGGCCUGCAUCUUGGCCAUUUUGGGCCCAUGAGCAGAUGUGUUAGCUGGCCUCACAGGCCUCAGGGCUGGUAUGGAGCCAAGCAGUCACCUGGGCUUCAAUUUCUCUCUCUUCCCUUCUCUUUCCCAACUCUCUUGCCUCUCAUCUCCUUCCCCACUUCCUCUCCCAUUCCCUGCAACCCUCCUUUCUACCCUUUCUCCUCUCCCAUGGCUAUUUCCACCCCCUGCCCCAUUGCAGAGGGGUCUGCGAGUCCCUGCGAGAUGAGCCUGUCUUCCAGCCUCCCCGCUGCCGCUAGGAUGCUCUUUGUUCUGGCCUUGGCCUGUGCCAGCCCCUUCCUGGACCUGCGCCCAGAUGGGCCACGCUCACUGAACGUGGCCAUCAUCUUCAGCGGCUCCUCCUACGCCCCUGAGAGCGCCCGCUUAUCACCCACUGCCUUCCGCAACUUCUCACUGGAGGUGAACCCUGUCUCAGUGCUGCUGAAUGACACCAACCCGCGAAGCCUGAUCGUGCGCCUGUGUGAUGUGCUCUCCUCCCUGCGCAUCCAUGGUGUGGUCUUUGAGGACGACACAAGGGCUGAGGCUGUGGCCCAGAUCCUCGAUUUCAUCUCAGCCCAGACCUCUGUGCCCAUCAUCGGCAUCAAUGGGGGCUCCGCCAUUGUUCUCACGCCCAAGGAGAAAGGUUCCACCUUCCUGCAGCUGGGGUCCUCAACGGAGCAGCAGCUUCAGGUGAUUUUCGAGGUGUUGGAGGAGUACGACUGGACAGCCUUUGCUGUCCUCACCACACUCUUCCCUGGCUAUGAGGAUUUCAUCGACUACAUUGAGGUCCUGACUGACAGCAGCUUCAUUGGCUGGGAGCACCGGGGCGUUAUCACCCUGAACCUCACUGAUGAUCCUGAUGGCUCCCGCCUCAAGCGUCAGCUGCGAGAGAUCAGUUCCCAGAUCCGCCUGCUCUACUGCUCCCGGGAGGAGGCCGAGAGCAUCUUCCGGGCUGCCCGGGAAGCAGGGCUCACUGGGCCCGGCUACAUCUGGUUCUUGGUGGGGACCAACCUGGGGGGCACUGACUACUUGCCUGAGCACCUGCCAGUGGGGCUGUUCACAGUGCUGUCAGCUGGCUGGAGGGAUGACCUUCAUCGCCGGGUCCACAAUGGGGUGGCCAUCAUUGCCAAGGGGGCUGAGGCGCUCUUCCGGGACUAUGGCUUCAUCCCCGAGUUCAACAAUGAUUGCCGGGCUCCCAACAUGACCCAGAUCCAUGACAACCUUCACCGGUAUUUCAUGAACAUCACAUGGGGGCAGAAGGAUUUCUCCUUUAAUGAGGAUGGCUACCUCAUUAACCCUUCGCUCGUCGUCAUCUCCCUCAACAAAGAGCGUACCUGGGAGGUGGUGGGGAGCUGGGAGCACCAGAUUCUGCGAAUGAAGUACCCAGUGUGGUCGCGCUACGGCAAAUUCCUGCAGCCGGUGGACGACGACCAGCACCUGACAGUGGCCACACUGGAGGAGCGCCCAUUUGUCAUCGUGGAGAACAUUGACCCGGCCACUGGCACCUGCAUCCGUGACUCUGUACCCUGCCGCAAGCAGCUCAACCACACCGAGAGCUAUUCCCUGGACCCAGUGCUCUUUGAGAAGAAGUGCUGCAAGGGCUUCUGCAUCGACAUCCUCAAACGCCUGGCCAAGACUGUGGGCUUCACCUACGACCUCUACCUGGUCACCAAUGGCAAGCAUGGCAAGAAGAUCGAUGGGGUGUGGAAUGGCAUGAUUGGGGAGGUGUUCUAUGAGCGAGCGGACAUGGCCAUCGGGUCACUGACCAUCAACGAGGAGCGCUCUGAGAUCAUUGACUUCUCUGUGCCCUUCGUGGAGACUGGCAUCAGCGUCAUGGUGUCCCGCAGCAACGGCACCGUCUCCCCCUCUGCCUUCCUGGAGCCCUACAGCCCGGCCGUCUGGGUAAUGAUGUUCGUCAUGUGCCUCACAGUCGUUGCCGUCACCGUCUUCAUCUUUGAGUAUUUCAGCCCCGUGGGCUACAACCGCAGUCUUGCUGCUGGUAAACGUGCAGGGGGGUCAAAGUUCACCAUCGGGAAGUCAAUCUGGCUGCUUUGGGCCUUGGUGUUCAACAACUCGGUGCCGGUGGAGAACCCCAAGGGUACCACCAGCAAGAUCAUGGUGCUCAUCUGGGCAUUCUUCGCUGUCAUCUUCCUGGCCAGCUACACAGCCAACCUGGCUGCUUUCAUGAUCCAAGAGGAGUACGUGGACACUGUCUCAGGGCUCAGUGACCGUAAGUUCCAGAAGCCACAGGACCAGUACCCCCCGCUCAAAUUUGGCACCGUGCCCAACGGCAGCACUGAGAAGAAUAUCCGCAGCAACUACCCUGACAUGCACACCUACAUGGUGAAGUACAAUCAGCGCAGUGUGGAGGAUGCCCUGCAGCACCUCAAGUCAGGGAAGUUGGAUGCCUUCAUCUAUGAUGCAGCGGUGCUCAACUACAUGGCACGCAAGGACGAGGGCUGCAAGCUCGUCACCAUUGGCAGUGGCAAGGUGUUUGCCACCACGGGCUAUGGUAUCGCCCUGCAGAAGGGCUCCAAAUGGAAACGACCCAUCGACUUGGCCCUGCUUCAGUUUCUGGGUGACGAUGAGAUUGAGAUGCUGGAACGGCUGUGGCUAUCGGGGAUAUGCCACAACGACAAGAUCGAGGUGAUGAGCAGCAAGCUGGACAUUGACAACAUGGCGGGUGUCUUCUACAUGUUGCUGGUGGCCAUGGGGUUGAGCCUGCUGGUCUUCGCUUGGGAGCACCUCAUCUACUGGAAGCUGCGCCACUGCAUGAGCCACGCUGGCCGCCUUGACUUCCUCCUGGCCUUCAGCAGGGGCAUGUACAGCUGCUGCAGCAGUGAGGAUCCAAAGGCCAAGGACCAGCAGCAGCUGCCCAUCCUGAACCAUAGCUAUGGGCCACAACGCGGUGGGGCACCAGCCCUGCCCAGCCCCCCUGCCCCACCCCUGCCCUGCAGCAGUUUCCUGCCCCGGGAGCGCCGCAUCGUGGAACGUUGGCGUCAUGCCCGCAGCCCCAACUGCUACAAAGACCUGUAUGCACCACCUGGUCCCCCUGAGCCCUCUGGGGCCAAAGCCAGCUCCCGCCAUGGCCUCCAGAGCGCCUUCACCGAUGGUUUCCACCGAUUCUACGGCCCCAUUGAACCUGAGGGGCUGUCAGAUCACCUGGGUGCAGGUGCUGGAGCGGGGAUGGCUGCACCAGGGCAGGCGAAGAAGAUGGCGCCUUGCCAGCUUUCACCACCACCUCCCACCAGAGGUCUGGAGAACCCCCCAUCCUACUUUGCCAUUGUGCGGGAGAAAGAAGGGCCGGAACCACCUGCUUCAGCCUGGCAUCGUAAGUCCCUGCGGGGCCUAUACGAGAGUUUCCAGGCGGGCAAAACUGGGAGCCGGACACCAGAGCCCAAGAAGCACGGGGUUGGCAUGAGUGGGGCCUAUGCCCCCAAGGGUCCCCGUGAGCUGGAAUGUGGGCGCCCAAGCAAGGAGACGGGGCGCUACGGCUACACCCGCCUGUCCUAUGAAGACGAGCGCACCCCACCGCUGGCCCCAGCCCCCUGUGGGCGUGAGCGCCGUUACCGCCACACUGAGGAGGCCCGGAGUGGUGCCGACGGGGAGACCCAGCCCCUACUGCACCCCACAUGCCCAGGAGCAGGGGGCAGCAGUGGCAGUGGGGGGCGUGCCCACAUCUGCCGCAGCCAUUCGCACCCACUGGCCGUGAGUGCCAGCUUCCCCAGCCAGAGCCGCUACAUGGAGUUCUCAGACUCAGACUCGGAGGUGUGUGAGCGAGAAGUACCCUGCACCGAGGCCUCACCCUCGACACCCCCGGCCCCGCCCCCAGGCGAUGGGCACAGCUGCUGGUACUCUCCCCCUGAUUACUUCUGUACUUACCCGUCCCGAGAGCGCCAGCUCUUCAGCACCCACAAGCCUUUGCGCUAUUGGUCAGCCGACAAACUGGGCCCCUGCCACUCCUGCCACGGGCUGUGCCAGCACUGUGCCAGCCUGGAGCUGCUGCCACCUCCCACCCCACCGUGCCGCAAGGAGGCGCUGCGCUACUUCAGCUGCUCAGAGGAGCGUCUGGAGCGCCGGCUAGACUGGGAGCACCGGCGCUGCGGGCACUACAGCUGCCUGGCUCCCCGGCACCACCACGGCCUCUACCGGCACUGCCAUCACCACCACUCCUGCGAGCUGGGCCCUGCCGGCUCCAUCCUGCACCCGACUUCCCGCAGCCUGGAGGACCUCAGCUCCUGCCACCUGGUGCGCUGUGGUGUGACACCCCACCGCUUCGGCUUCUCUCCCCCUGAGUGGCUCCCGCGCCGUGUCAGCCGCAGUGGCGAGCUCUUCACCCGGCGCGGCUCCGCCCACUUCUCCAGCCUGGAGUCGGAGGUAUGACGCAGCCGUGGACCUGGGGGAAGGGACAGGGGGUGGGGGUGCUGAUGCCAUGGACCUGCAGGGAGGAGUCCAGGAGUGUUGAUGCCACAGACCAAGGGGGCACCAUGGUUGGUGAUACCAUGGAUCCAAGGAGAGGGAGGGACCCAGGGAUGGGUGGACAGUGCAAUGGCUGCUGGCACCAUGGACCCAGGGAUGAGUGGAUUGAUACCACGGCUGCUACUGCCACAAUCCUGUCAAGAGAGAGCUAGAUUAUGGGCAAGAAGAGCAGCACCACAUUCAUGAAUGCCACAGGCCUGGAGGACAUGGCAGCUAACAAUGCCACAACCCUGGGGAGAAGGGCCUGUUGCCACAGAUGGAUAACAGAAGCAGGGGGAUGCUGUGGCUGCUGACCCAGAUGCCAGAGAGAUACAGUCAUGGUGGCUUGUGCUGCAGACUUGAGGCAGGGAGGGGGAUGGUGCCACAAAUGCCAAGCCUGUGGACCUGAGGGGCACAAUCACUGAUACCAUGGACACAGCAGGCACAAAAUCACUGUGGACCAACCCAUACGGGGCAUCUAUGUCACGGACCAGUGUCUGAGGUGCCUGCCACUGAAGCCAUGGACAUAGGACAAGGAAAAUUGAUGCCUCACAACCACACCCAGCAGGGUUGGCCAUCACCAUCAUUGGCACUCUGGCCUGGGGAGGGUGGUUUUUGCCAGCACCUUUAAUACCACGGAGCCGUAGAAGAACAGUGCCAGCAAUAGCACAGAGCCAGCAAGAAGUGGCUCUCCACUGCCCUUGUAGCUAAGCUAAAGAGUCAUGAGAGCCACCACAGGGCCACGGAUCCUGCCAAGGUGUCACUGACCCCCCAGCCCACAGACUUGCCGUAGGAGGGGCUGCCACAGGUACCACGGACCAGGGGCAAACAACAUAGCCAGCAUCACUGAUACCACAGAACCCUGCACCACUGAGGCCACAGGCUGAGCUGGGUACAGGAGGAGGAGUGAGACCAUGGACAUGGGCCAUAGCCCAGCCUAGUCACUGCCCUCCAGCUGACACUGAACCCAGUCCAACAGACAGGAUGGGCUGGCACCAUCCGCUGGCCAACAGCUGCCCCAACACAUGGCAGUGGCAGCUGGGGAAGAGGGGAGGGCUAUUGGCAGCCCCAUAGCUAGGCUGUGAUUUUUUUUCUCCAAAGGGCUUUUCCAUGCGGCAUGAGGCAGGGAGGAGGUGCGUGGGACCCGCAAGCACAUGGCAAAUGGGGGCAAAGGGGUAUCCCCACUGGUUGGGACAGUAGUAGGACUCUUACCCCCAGGGCCCUGAAGGGUCAGCCUGCUUUGGGAGGGAUGGAGGGGAGGACACACCCAUGAGCCCUGCGGGGUGGAGAGGGGGCAUCUCCUGUGUUCAGACGGCAGGGGGCACUGCAGGGCUUGACCCUCCCAGCCCCCUUCACACACCCAAACCGGUCGUAGCUGUUCAGACUUUUUAAACUUUAUUUUUUGGGGAUGGGGGGAGGGAGGGGAAAGGGAGACGAAACUGUGAUCCACACGACGGAACCGAUACUGUGAUCUCCGCGGCACCUUGCCUACCGUGCCCACCCCCAGCAACCCCUCACCUGAAGCCCCCAUGGUUCUCGCCCACUGUGCCUGCCCCCGUGGCCUCCACCUUCACCCCCAAUGCCCCUGUAGCCCAUCUGCUCACAUGUGGCACCUGCCCCUGCAGCCCUGUGCCCCGCUUCACCUCCUAUGUGUUGCCGUUUCUUGGGGUUUCUCUCUUUUCUUUCUCCUUCUCUCCUCUCUGGCAUUUCAUGUGCUCCCCUGUCUCCAACAUCCAUCUGCCCAUCCUCCUCUCCCGUUAGUCUUUUCCCCUCUUCAGUCCAUCUGUCCAUCCCUUCUUCUCCUUGUGUCUCUGUCCUUCCACUGUGUGUGUGUGUGUGUGCGCACGCAUCUCUCCCAAGUCUUUCCCAUCCUUCCCAGUUUCUCCUCCACCCCUUGUCUGUCUGUCUGUCCUUCUCCCGUCUGUCCAAACAUCUCUCCUCUCUGUCCCCUCUUAGUGCCCCUCUCUGUCAGCCUCCUCCCUGUCCCCAUAUCUGUCCCUCUGUCUCUGCUCCCUCCAUUGCUUUCUCAGCAGUUCUGGGAUUCAGGGGGGAGGAAGGGGGGGCUGCGUGAUUUAGGGCCCCUGGGGGGG